GAAGAUGGACAAGGGUUGUCGCGGCGUGAGCAGGGGCGGGACCCGAGAGGCGGGACCUCGGGUGGCCCGAGGUGGCCCGGCUGCUGGGUUGGAAGCCUCGCAGUUCGACUCAUCCUGGCCCCGGGAUGGCAUCUCCCCGGGAAUUGACCCAGAACCCCCUGAAGAAGAUCUGGAUGCCAUACAGCAAUGGCCGGCCCGCUCUUCACACUUGCCCGCGCGGUGUUUGCAUGACCAACUGCCCAACGCUCAUUGUCAUGGUGGGCCUGCCUGCCAGGGGUAAGACCUACAUUUCUAAGAAGCUGACUCGAUACCUCAACUGGAUUGGUGUGCCCACUCGGGAAUUCAACGUUGGCCAGUAUCGCCGGGACAUGGUCAAGACAUAUAGAUCAUUUGAGUUUUUCCUCCCAGACAACGAAGAGGGCCUGAAGAUAAGGAAACAGUGUGCUCUGGCAGCCCUCCGUGAUGUCCAGCGGUUCCUCAGUGAGGAGGGGGGACAUGUGGCAGUUUUUGAUGCAACAAAUACCACCCGAGAACGAAGAGCCACCAUCUUUAAUUUUGGGGAACAGAAUGGCUACAAGACCUUUUUUGUUGAGUCCAUCUGUGUAGAUCCUGAGGUCAUAGCUGCCAACAUCGUGCAAGUGAAACUGGGCAGUCCUGACUACGUGAACCGUGACAGUGAUGAGGCCACGGAGGAUUUCAUGAGGCGCAUUGAAUGCUAUGAGAACUCAUAUGAGUCGCUAGAUGAGGACCUGGACAGGGAUCUGUCCUAUAUCAAGAUCAUGGAUGUGGGCCAGAGCUACGUGGUGAACCGUGUGGCUGACCACAUCCAGAGCCGCAUCGUAUAUUACCUCAUGAACAUCCAUGUGACCCCCCGCUCCAUCUACCUCUGCCGGCAUGGGGAGAGUGAGCUCAACCUCAAAGGCCGGAUCGGCGGGGACCCAGGACUAUCCCCCCGGGGCAGGGAGUUUGCCAAGAGUCUGGCCAAGUUCAUCAGUGAUCAGAACAUCAAGGAUCUGAAGGUCUGGACAAGCCAGAUGAAGAGGACAAUCCAGACAGCGGAGGCACUGGGUGUGCCCUAUGAACAGUGGAAGGUCCUCAAUGAAAUUGAUGCGGGUGUCUGUGAGGAGAUGACCUACGAGGAAAUUCAGGAUCAUUAUCCAUUGGAGUUCGCCCUGCGGGACCAGGACAAGUACCGGUAUCGGUACCCCAAAGGGGAGUCCUACGAAGACCUGGUCCAGCGACUAGAGCCUGUCAUCAUGGAGCUGGAGAGGCAAGAGAAUGUGCUGGUCGUCUGCCAUCAGGCUGUGAUGCGCUGCCUCCUCGCCUACUUCCUGGACAAGGCAGCAGAACAGCUGCCCUACCUCAAGUGCCCGCUGCACACCGUCCUGAAGCUGACCCCUGUGGCUUAUGGUUGUAAAGUGGAGUCCAUUUUCCUGAAUGUGGCAGCUGUGAACACACACCGGGACAGGCCUCAGAAUGUAGACAUCUCGAGACCUCCGGAGGAAGCUCUUGUCACAGUCCCUGCUCACCAGUGACCAUCACAUCCACUGUGACCCCUGGACAAGCACUGAUCGCUAUAGAUGAGAUUAUUUCAGGCCCCGCCCCCAGUCUGUGUGACAGUCGCCGUGCAGGAACGUACUCAAAGCCAUGUGUGGCCUAUGGGGCCCAGAACCCUGCCCUAGCCCACUUAUUUGUUGACUAUGACAAGAUUAUAUGUGGUUCCUGACCUGCUGCUGGGAAUCAUGUGGCCAGACUGCAUCUGCCCAGGCUGGUGAGAGGUCACCCUGCACCAGGGUCUCCUGUUGCAGCUCUUAGGUGUUCUUUCUCACCAAGUGGCUUGGCUUUGUGAAGUGUGCAGCCCUAAAAUGUGAAACAGAAAGUGCUUGCCGUGGUGUUCCCACUGCAGACCAGCUGCCUGCGGUGGACCCUGCCGCCCUUUGCAGGACCUCUGCUAUCUUCUCUGUGGCCUCUUCCUGAGCAAGAGGGCAGGUCUUCAGGAGACCAACAGGGUCUGUUUAGUUCCCCAACAGGGACUAAAGAGCGGCAACCAAGGCAGAUGCCUCCCGGGCCGCCACCGGCCAGGCCACGUAUUUGGGUGACUGUAUCUGUGGGCACUCAUGAGAGCAACAUGCUUGCUUCAGCACACUGUAAUGCAUGGAACAUGCAGAGAGGGGAGCAUGUGUGGUCACCCCUCCUCACUUGUGCAAACACUGGAAAACUUGGGGGAGCUGGUGGCUAUGGGUAUCCUUUCCGGGCUACUCUCACAGUGAAACCACCUAAAGAUAGAGCGGCUGUAUGAGUUACCCUUCCUGGUGCACACACCAAAGUGCUCAAGGGGGAGGCUGCCAUCCCUCUCCCCUCCCUGACUGUGUACACUGGCAGCUGAGGAGGAGGUGGCCUCUCAACUGUUGCUGCCUAUGUCCCCACUGGUGGCAGAGACAUGCAUUUGCCAUUAGUGAUUCAGAUAAACUUGUGAUCCUGUAAAACGUGUUCUGUUUGUUGACCUCUACUUGUGGCCCUGAGGAAGGGAGAAGACAGAACCUGGAGGUAGCUCCUGGGCAAGGGAGGGUUUGCCCAGCCACAUCACACUCCAUGUGCAUGUGAAGCUGAUGAAAACUGGCAUCUAUCAUGCCCCUGAGUUCUUCUUGGCCCAGAGAGGCAGUCUAGGGAGUGGGUUCUGGUUACAUUUUAUAGCAGGCAACAGACUAGCCAGCAAGUAGUGGGGUUGGGUCAGAAAGAGUCUGGAAUUACAGUUUGGUGCCUUGCUAUCCACAGGUAGACUUUGGUGAACUCAGGCCCCUGGAUCCUAAUCCCACUUUGUACUCAGAACAUUUUCUGGCUUGUGCCUGGCAGAGCAGCUCACAUUUUCUGCCUGCCAGGGCUUUGUGUUCCGCAGGUACCACCUGUCCCUGAGCGAAAUUAGUAUCCCUGGCUUCAACAGGUGGUCUUAUCCUCAUGUGCUACAGCUGUGGGUAAAUGCAGGUGGAAAGAUGUAUGGAGUAGAACCAGGGCAGGAUCCUCCUUCUGGACCCAUCUACUGGAGCCCCAGGGGCCAGAGAACUAUGCCACUGCCUUUGGAACAUAGGGACUUCAGCCUUUGCUUCUGUGUCUGCUGGAGUUUCGGUAACUUGUCACUUAGACAUGUGUUAGCCAUGGUGGGUCCUUUUGGGCAUGUACAUCUGGAUGUCACCUAAAGUGAGACCAAUAAGGCCUUCUCACUCUGUACAAAGGGGAGUCAAGAGCUGCUGGACUAGGUACAUUACAAGGACUGGGAUAGGGCAGGGGAAGUCUGGGAGGCAGGGAUGGAGAGGGUGGCCUCUGGGCCUCUGCCCUGAAGUGGUCUCAGAAGGCACGCCAGGUUGGCUGUCAGCUUUCAGCUGUGCUGGCUAACGUGCCCAUAUUGCAGUUCUCCUGAUUUCCCUAAAUGGAUGGUAUUGGAUCUCAGCCACACCUGACACUGUGUCCAGCAUUCUUUGCAAUAAAUACUUUUUAAAAA